CAACACCAUUCAUCUCUCAAAGUACCGUCUCAAGUCAAGAAAAGUCCUUUAUCAAGUGAGUACACGUAGAAGGUCAGGUAUAUAUAUAAACUCUCCCAAACUCUCCUCAUUGUUAUUCAUACAUAGUACUAAUAAGUGAACAGUAACCGACACGACCGACCAGCCAAGCGAUCAAGAUUGAGAGAGCGCGUAGCUCAUACCCAUGAAGCUUCAAUCUCUUUAAGGGAGGUUCCCAGAUUGUGAAUCUCAAGAUCCAAACUCAAGAUGGCUCCUUCUCUUCCAGGCACCGACACAACCAGAUCCAAAUCUGAGGAAAUACCACCCCUCACUUAUACCGGCCAAGAGCUCGCCCUCCACAUCAAGAACCGGCUGCCUCUUCGCUGGCCAUGGACUCCCCCGCCUCCUCCCAAUACUUUUCCUCAGUUCGCUAAAUUGCCUGCUGAACUACGCCUCUUAAUCUGGACAUACGCCCUUCCCAAAUGCCGCAUUGUCAGAAUCCUAUGGGACCCAGAAAUUGAAGCGUAUCGUGGAGUCUCCGCGAUGGAGAACAGCCUAUUCAAGCCUAUCCCUGCUCCGCCAGUUUUACACGUCAAUCGCGAGUCUCGCUGUCAAGGUCUUAAAUUCUACAGACUCGCAUUUGCAACCUCUCCUAGCAAUUCACGCAUCUAUUUCGACUACGACAAAGACUGGGCAACCAUUACUUGGCCUUGGUGGCAAGGAGGGGUUGACAUUAGCUUGCCUCUUACGACAUUCGGCAAUCUAGAUUUCACUUGUACAAGACGCUUGUGUAUCCCCGAGCGUGAUUUUUGGCGUCUCAGACGCCGCCACUUCGCUGAUCUGGCUCCAUUCUCCAGCCUGUAUCAGAUUUAUAUCGAGCAUCGGGAUGACGGAGAUCAUGCCUCCUCAAAACUCGUUCCCAACGGCGAGUUUCCGUCUAGAGAUAAAGCUGUAGAUGACCUACUGGAACGUGUACGGAAGGGCACGUUGCUGAACUAUUGUAACAAAGGUGUGGGGGGAUAUCGCUGGCCGAUGUUGUUGGGUAAAGAUGAUCCUUCACGUUGUAAGUUCUGCUCCUUGCCUCCCUCCGGCAACCCAACUGCAUUUUCCAGUCAUCAACUCGUCCACCUUCCGUGCUUCGAUUUCUCCUUGAAGGUCAAUAUACUAACAUGAUUUCCAAGAUUGGUACGAGUCGUGGAAUAUCCUGCACAAACUUAGGCCCAUCCACCAUCUCAAAUGGCCGGACAUGCUAGAUCUUUAUAUUGACCUGGUAUAUUCUAGUAAUCCCCAUCCUAAUUUUGCCGAAAAGACGAGAUUAGCCAAAUUGAAGUUAGAGCAAUUAUGGCCACGAAUUGAUGAACAAUUUGAGUUGCAGAAAUCGAAGUCAAAAAAGAAAACAGGCCCCUAGAAAAUGUUUCUGUUAUUCGUUCUUUUUUUCAUGCAGAGAGGUGUACUUGGCGGACUUGGGGUAUCACUUGCAUCGGGUAUCUGGUCAACAGACGAAGAAGUUCGGAAGAACUGUCGCCCUGGUCUCGGGACUGAGGUUCAUGAAGCGCAAGUAGUGAAGUUCGAUUGCACCUAGCUCUGUAUCAUGGUCGAGACGUAAGAAGAAAGUUCUGUACAAUGCACUAGUUUAAUUAAU